AUGAAUAAUGAUAAUGAAGGUAUGAAUGAUGAUAAUGAAGGUAUGAGUGAUGAUAAUGACGGUAUGAAUGAUGAUAAUGAAGGUAUGGGUGAGGAUAAUGAAGGUAUGAAUAAUGAUAAUGAAGGUAUGAAUAAUGAUGAUGAAGGCGAAGAUAAGAAGGGUAUGAGUGAUGAUAUGAAUGAUGAUAAGGAGGGUAUACGUGAUAAUAAUGAAGUUAUGAAUGAUGAAAAUGAAGUUAUGAAUGAUGAUAAUGAGGGUAUGGGUGAUGAUAAUGAAGGUAUGAAUAAUGAUAAUGAAGGAAUGAGUGAUGAUAAUGAAGGAAUGAGUGAUGAUAAUGAAGGUAUGAGUGAUGAUAAUGAAGUUAUGAAUGAUGAUAAGAAGGGUAUGAGUGAUGAUAAUGAAGGUAUGAAUAAUGAUGAUGAAGGCGAAUAUAAGAAGGGUAUGAGUGAUGAUAUGAAUGAUGAUAAGGAGGGUAUACGUGAUAAUAAUGAAGUUAUGAAUGAUGAAAAUGAGGGUAUGGGUGAUGAUAAUGAAGGUAUGAAUAAUGAUAAUGAAGGAAUGAGUGAUGAUAAUGAAGGAAUGAGUGAUGAUAAUGAAGGUAUGAGUGAUGAUAAUGAAGUUAUGAAUGAUGAUAAGAAGGGUAUGAGUGAUGAUAAUGAAGUUAUGAAUGAUGAUAAGAAGGGUAUGAGUGAUGAUAUGAAUGAUGAUAAUGGAGGUAUGAAAGGAAAGUUGGUACAAGAUUGA